UUUGUUUACUUAUUGAAAAUAUUAUCAAGGAUAUUUUUUAAAAACUAUGAAGUCUAAUUUAUUUCGUAUAUUUUCUGCAACUGGAUUAGGCAUCACAGCCACGUUACUGUCGCCGCAAGAGUAUACAACAAUAUGGAUCUAUUUCAUGUUCAUAAUUUUUGAAAUAUAUUUUUUGUACAGCUGUGGGUUGGGUUUUUAUCUUACUAAAAAAAAUGAAAUUUUCAAAAGCGAUUCCUACUUUGAAGAUAAGAAAGAGGAAAGAGCUGCAAUAGAUCCACGUGAUGAUUAUUCUAAAUUUUUGCUACAACUGUGUAUUGAAGAAUUCAUUUUAAUAACUACAAUGUUAUUAAGUUCAUCGAAUGAAAGUUUCAAUAUGAUAGCAGUAAAUGGAAGGAACAUAUUAUUGUUUUUUGCAAUAAAAUGCUUCUUUUCUUUUAUUGUUUCGAUGACUGUAAUACCACUGAUGUAUAACAUUCCGUGUUUGAUUAAAAAUUGCCGUACAAAAAAAAUAGAUUUUUUAUAAAAAAAUAAAAAAGCCAUUUGGCAGCUGAAAUGGAAGGUAGAUUUUUCAAAAUAGUAUAUUGUGGUACGAGGGAUGAUAAAAUGAUUUCAGGCCAGGGUGAAAUUGGCUGCCCGACGGCAAUUUUAUGUCUUCAUCCUGAUUAAGAAGUCUAAUUUGAAAUGAUUUGAAAAAUCUAAAUUAUUUCAUAUUGUUUUGUAUCAUAAAUGAUUCAAUUUAAUUUAAAAUG